AUUUGUUUAUUUACUUCCUUUAAAAAUUGAAAUCGAAAAUAGGUUAUUUUGGCGUCAGAACAUUGAAAAUGACGCAGAUUCCUAGAAAAUAUUACAACAUCUGACAUUAUGUUAUCACAGAAGAUGUUUUUUGUGCACACAUAGCAGUGUUUGCCAAGUUGUACUUAAGACGAUUACUGAUAAUCAAACAUGGGAAAUCAAGAUUCUAAGGCUGAUGCCAGUGAUUCAGAUUCGGAGAAGAACGAACAAUACACACACCACAUAAAGGUCUUUGAGCAGGUGUCGAAGCCUGCAUCGUCUGGGUCCGACUCUGGAGGGGACGAUGCCUACCACAGUGGUUCUGAUCACGAGAGAGCCGAUGUCUCCAGACAAGACGAAAGUGAGUCGAUGAAUGAUAGCGACAGCUUCAGUGAGGUGGAAGAAGAGGAGUCUAUUGAAUCGGUGGAGGCACCCGAGGAAGAACCCAGCUCCAGAGUGACUGGUUCUGAGGACAAGGAACAAGAUGUGAAAGGUAGAAUCGACGAGUCUGUCAAAGGAUCAGACAGAGGAAGCAGGUUUAUGGAGAGACAGGUUAAGCCAAUACUAGGAUUUAUCGACUCCUCAGAAAAUGAUGAUGAUGAUCUGGGGAGUGAGGAUGAGAUACUUAUGGAGAUUGAUAAAUGCUUAGAAACUACUUCUUCACCAUCAUCUCAUUCUGUGAGUAGUAUACCGAAGACAGGUAAGACGAAUCGGUCACCACGAAACCAAGUGGCCACCAGCAGUCCCACAUCCAGGAUGAUAGACAUGGUUUCUGUUGAGGCUCCAAAAAGAUCAAGUCAAGCUGGUACUGCAGGUGGCUCGGUGAAAAGGAAGAUAUCGGACGUCGAGCCUGAGGUAAUCACCAAUGCUGAUGUCAGGAGCACUGGAGGCUCCAACAGGCCUUUUAAAGGAAGUGCUGGAAUCCCAGAUGAACAGGCGACCCAGAAGCAGCCGAAGACCACACGGUCUACAAAGAAAGAAGGUCAUCGCUCUCCUAAACAGUUUGAACACUUCACUAAUUCUCCAUUCAGAACCAAUAAUCUUCUGAAGCCAGCUGCUAGACAUGUGGGUGUUUCUGAACAGGAAAGGAUCAGGACACCGGAAUUAGUAAAAGCUGCAAUUGACAUGUCCAUGCCAAAGUCAUCACUGGUGUCUGCUGUGCUUGAUGCUAAGGAAAAUACCAAUUCACAGAAAUUGCAGGAUGAAAAAAAAAGUGAUCAACACCCAGUGGUUUAUACUCAGAAACAGAAGAAAUUUCCAAAACAUUUACUAAAGGAAAAAAACACUGAGGAAAUGUCUAGUAAACAGUCACCGACACUUCAACAUUUUACACUGACACCCUCAACGUCAGUGCAUGACGAAAUGGAUCCUACAGAUGUCGGUUCUGGUAACAGUCAGCAGGCUGAUUCGCAUGUCAAUGAAAGUAAAACCAGCACUACAACGGUGCCUUUGCCGGUGAGUCCAAAAGUUACACCGUCACCAGUAAGCAAAGACAGAACUGAUCCUAAGGAUGUUCAAUUUGGUAGUGGUCCAACAUUUUCCUCAUACAUCUAUCAAGGUAAAACAACAGCAGUCGAGUCUGUCCAAGUCAGCCCUAAAGCUACAUCUUCACCAAUUGAAGAGCAUGGCGCCAGGUUUGGUAUUGAUCAGACAUCAUCCUCACAUGGUGGGGAAGAAAACGUUGGCCCUGCAUCCGAGUCUUUAAUGGUCAGCUCCAAAGCUUCACCCUUGCCAUCAACUCAAGAACAAAUUGCUACUAAGAAUGUUGUCGUCAAGUUUGGUGGUGGUCACACAGUUUCUACUAAUACCAAUGAAAGAGUUAGCCCCUCAACCAUAUCUUUCUCAACUCAAUUUAAGGGAUCAUCAUCAUCAUCAUCAACUGAAAAUAUGCCGAACAUAAGAACUAAAAAGCCUGAAAAUGUUGCUCCACAGUCUGGUAAUAUUGACAAGACAUUGACCCAAACAACUGCUAUUGUCUCACCACAUGUUGCUUCAUCUAAGAUGUCAUCUGCCAUGACUUCAACUGAGGAUCUCUUUGCCGAGACCCAGGAAUCCAAGACGACUGACCGUUCCUGUGGUCCUGCAGUUAUAACAUCUCCACCAUACCAGUUUCCAGAAAUAUCGCUGAAUAUGAACCGUAUUGUCCAUACAGCUUCGGUAGGGUCACAGACAUUUUCUUCGGUUGAACAUGAAUUACCAGCACCUCACCCAGCAUCUGGAUCGGAUGUGAUGCCUGUUCAUGUUCCUAUGGCCACACAAACUAGCUCACCACCAGAAGGUAAUCCAGAUUAUGAAUCUGGUGUGAUGACUGAACCGAUGGAUACUGAAUAUACUUCAUCACCAAUGAGAGUUGUCCCAAGCCAUGGAUCUGGUAUGAUGACUGUUCCUAUGGUUACAGGAUAUAGUUCAUCACCAACUCAGACUGUCUCAUCUCCUGGGAUUUCAGUUGUAAAACAGGUGAUUCCACAGCAUGAAAUGAGCAUCAAGCUAGAAAGGUUUGGGUCUGUGUUGCCACCAAGAGGCAAUGUUCCUUCUACAAGGAACAGUAUGUUGAACGCAUCUGUCAACAAGACUCCAAUCAAACGACCUGCAUCACCAGAGUCUACUGAAGUGAAUAUGAGAUCAUCUUCUGAUGACACCCUGCCAACCAGACCUGGUACCACUGGUUUUCAGAACUACCCGUCUCAGGGUUUCAUUAAUCCAACAAGACCAACAUGGUCCUCAUUUGCUGACAAGCAGAAAACCACCAGCAGUGAGACCGCCGGUAAUUUGGUUUCAGAGACGGCUAAUGUUGAAACUAUGAGGAAUCCAUUUUAUGCUGGCACUUCGAGCACACCAGAAAACACAAGUAGCAUUCGGUCUGAAUUGACGGCAAAACAUUCUUCUGUCGCGCAGAAUUCAAAUGAAGUCAAUGUUGGUAUGAUUGGUCAGAAGCCUUCAGUUUCUGCAGGUAAACCAGUUUCACUGGCUACCCCAAGAGCAACAGUUGCAACACCUUUUAACUCUUUUGCAAGAAGCCAUCAGCCAAUAUUUCCAAGUACGAUAUCUUCAGGAGAUUAUACUAGAAAAACAGACAUGGUUACAUCAAAUGCUAGCAGACCUGUUCCUUCAGCAUCUAUCUCAAGAUCCAACGAAGACCAGUCUGCCAAUUUUAGAACAUCCGAAACGGCUUCACACGGUCCUGUUCAGACUAAUAAUCCAGCAGGUAGAACUGGAGCUGCAGAUAGACAGAGUGGUGAACAUGCUGGCCACUCCAUGUCUACUGCAGCAGCUGUAGGACGGAACAUCAUGAGAUCUCAAGAGCGGCUGACUCCAGCAGGUUCAGCUGAAGACAGAUUCGCGAGGACUCGAGAACCACAGAUAUCGGCAACCAAAAUAAAAUCUGAGUCAAAGGAACCUCCAGCUCCACCUGUCGAAAUGAACCCACUGUCAAACAAGGGAGACAAGUACACCUUCGAGCUCGCAGACGACCUCAAGAUCCACAUCUGCUAUGGGGAUCUCGUUGAGCAGACGGCCGAUGCCAUAGUGAACUCCACCGAUGGUCAGCUGACUCACGUGAACAGGACCUCGAUGUCCGUGGCUGCUGCUGCAGGAAAUACCAUGAUCAACCAGUGCCAGAACUUCCUCCGGCAGAACGGUGGACCCCUGGAGAAGGCCCAGGUGUUCAACACUGUGGCAAGCGGGACUCUGGUCGGCAAGGUGUCUCACAUCCUGCACGUCCCGGCUCCGACAUGGAUUGUGGAAAACGAGACUCAGUCAUGUAAUGACCUGCUCAAAUCUUUGCUAAACUGCUUGACCUACGCCAAUGAUCAUCUCAAGCUCAAGUCCAUCGCCUUCCCACUGGUGGGCACAGACUACCCAGCUGAUGCGUGUAUCAACGCCUUCUUCAAAGCGAUGCUCGUGUUUGUCUUCGAGAAGCGGCCAGACUCCCAGCUCCGGGACAUCUCUGUGGUGAUAGAUGACUUCUACCUGGCUCAGUUCUGCCUUCAGAUGAUACAGUCUCUGCUGGAACAGAUUCUUCUCGAGGGAAUCGACGGAGCGAUGGCUGAGGCGGUGAACAGCUACUACGGCGGGAACCAGUGGGAGCGGCAGCAGAACGACAUCAACCAGAGCAGACUGGGUGAGCGUGUCGACGAAGACGCGACGGUGCCCAUGACUCUCUUCAGAGGACCAGCUGUUAAAAGGCCAAAACUGUAACAUGUGUUCCAAAACUGUUAAAAACAUGAUGUGCAAAACUGAAACAUGUUUCAAAACAGUUUAAAACAUGUUUCAAAACUGUUUAAAACAUUAUGUGCAAAACUGAAACAUGUUUCAAAACUAAUGUGGCAUGUUUCAAAAUUUAUACUUUUCAAAGUUUAAAACAUGAUGUGCAAAACUGAAGCAUGUUUCAAAAUUUAUACUUUUUAAAGUUUAAAGCAUGAUGUGCAAACCUGAAUUGUUUUAAAACUGGCAUGUUUAAAACUUGAUGCAAAAAUGAAACAUUUCAAAACUGUAACAUGUUUCAAAACUGCAACAUGUUUUCAAAUCAACACUUUUCAAAACUGUGUAAAACUGAAACAUGUUUCAAAACUGUACGAUGAAAAAUGGUCAAACAUGUUGGCAUGUUCCAAAAGUGAAACAUUUUGCAAACGUAUAAUAAAUUCCAGUACUGUAUCAUGUUGCAAAAUUGACAACUUUCCAAACUAAAACUUGUUUCACAACUGUAACAUGUUCCAAAACUACAACAUGUUAUAAAACUGUAAAAAGUUCCAAAUCUUAACAUGAACAUGAUAUUUCAAAACUGUAAUUUCAAAACUGAAAUAUGUACCAUUUAACUGUAACAUGUUUUUUGACAUGUUCCAAAACUGUAAAUGUGCAACAAUAAUAAAAAAUGUCACAAAAACUAUAACAUAUAACUAAUAUUUUAUAAAAGC